AUGUUCGCCAAGUCUGUUUUCGUCGCCCUCGUUGCCGGUGUCCUCGGUGUUUCGGCCGCCUACGACCCUGCCCACAUGCCCGCCAAGACCGACGCCAAAGGCGGUCAGACCGGCUACAACGACUGCCAGCAGCGGUACGGUGCUUCUAGCGCCAAAGCCAAGUGCCAGAAUGUCUUUAUCAACUCGGUCAAGGACUUCUGUCUCUGGGGUCCCCCCAACACCAAGAGCUCCGACACUGUCGGCGAUCUUGAGGCUGUCAUGGUCUCCUACUGCAUGAAGUCCGGCUACGGCACCCGUCUCAUCCCCGAUGGCACCAUUCACGGCGCCCACUUCCUCAAGACCCCGUCUUUCGUCCAGAUCACCGGUACCGGUGACUUUACCAAGAUUCACAUCCGCGCUGGUGACGAGGGUGGUGAGCUUGACCCUCACGGUGCCACUGGCUCCGGUAACCCUGUCGGUGGCCAGGUAUUCACCCGUGCCUACACUGGCAACUGGGAGCAGCUUCCCGAGUGGCAGAACUUCAUGUCGGCCACCGAAUACUGCUUCCGUGCCUGCCGUUCCGGUACCUAUGCCAAGCAGUGGUGCCCCCACAUCUACGAUGUCAUGGGCUGCAUGUGGAACGAGCCCGCCAACUACGACCGUAAUGUCUUUGAGCAGUGCGAAGGUACCGAGGGUCAGUGGCCUGGUGUCUACUCGGGCUCCACUUGGUACCAGGGUGUCAGGCCCACUCCUGCCGCUCAGCCUGCCGGCCAGAGCUCCAACUGCCGAUACUACCCAUCGAUCUCGAACGGUCCCGCAGUCAAGACCCCCUCGAAGCGAUCCGUCAUGGCGACUCAGGUCAAGCGUUCGCCCGAGUGGGAGGAGGAACCCUAA